AUGUGGCGCACGCGUUCACUCCUUUUCCUGCUCACCUCACUCGCCCUCCCGCUGCUGCUCUGGCAGCGGAGCUCCACCUGCGUGGCAUCGCUGCCGCCGCUCUCGCUCCUCCCCGACUUCCACCCGGCCAGAGAGCUGAAGCGGUUCGUCCGUCCCGCCGCCAGGGCUGGCCUGUGGCGAGCGGCAGGGAGCGUCGCCGCGCACGGCAGCUCCGUGCGCGUCGGCCUGCUCUCCGCGGGCCUGGCCGGAUCCGCGGAGCACUCUGGCCCCGACCGGAUGCGGCUGGUGGGUGUGAUGCCGCUGCUGGGGCAGCGGCUUCGCGCCACGAUCCUCUCGCUGGUGACGCGGCGGGACUUUGUGUGGUCCCGAGGCCGGCACAGGCACCACCCGACCACCGAUCAGCAAUUGUAUCGCUUCCCGCUCGUCGAUGCGAGGGUGAGCGCCCUCCUCCAAUCUCGGCUGAUGCCAGGGCUGGCGGCGGUGUUCGGCGUCCAGCCGUCGCAGCUGCUUGUACACGACGCAUUCUUUGUCAAGUACGAGCCCGGCGCGCAAGCUUCUCUCGGCAGACAUGCGGACGGAACGUGCUUCUCCUUCAUCGUUCAGAUCAACCGCCCCGAAGAGUUUGACGGCGGCGGUACGCUGUUUGCUCUUGCGGGCGAGCCGCUCACAGUCCCGGCGGGCUUCGCGAUGCUCUUCUCGGGCCGAUUCCUUCACGAGGGCGUCAACAUCACGGCCGGCGCGCGCUACCUGCUGACGGGGUUCGUAUCGUUCCACGCCCCCGAGCGAGAGCGAGCGGCAGUCAACGAGAUGCUGGAGCAGCGCGGUGGAUUCGCGUGCCCCCGCCCGCCGGACCGGCCUCUGAGCUUUGCGCCGGGCGUACGAUACAACUACCUGCAGCUGCUCCGCGCUUCGGGCGCCUCGUCGGGAGAGCGGCUUGUCCAACUCCUCGCCGCCGGUCAGGUGAGGCUUCCGCACGUCAACGUCGAGCCCCUCGCCCUUUGGGCGACGUGGCAUGCGAAGCAAGCGGGUAAGCUCGAGCCCGGUUUGCACUGGAACCUCCAUCGUCACGGCAGUGGCAGGGCCUUUGCUGCCUCUGUUUUGAGCGCGACGUCCACGGCGGGCUCCGCGUGCAUGCAGCACCUUUGGAACCACACGUUCAGCUCAAAGGAAUGCCCCACGCUGUCCAGCUACCUCGCGGCCCGCUACGAUAGCCUCGUUGUAGGCUUGCAGGCAUGGGGCUGCCCUAUGCUUAUCGUCGUGCGCGGUGCGGCUGGGCAGUAUUCCCCAAAACCAGAGCAGCCAGGGCAAAGAUAA